CAUCAAUUGUAGUUCUAAACCAGAAGGUCUCCUCGUAAAAUUAACAGAGAGAAGACAUGGCCAUUUCUAUGAUCACCUCCUGCCUCAAACCCUCUUCCCCUCCACCACCUCCUCCUCCAAGCCUCUCUCCGUCGACCAAAACCACUCUAACCCCACGGUGAGCUCCAAUUUUCCUGCACUCUGGCGUUGCAUGUGGAAUACGCCUGCUUCUUCAUCAUGCCAGCUGUAUAUGUCCGCGAGCAAGGAAGUGAGCUGGCGAAGCCGGUGCAUCGCGACCGCAGCAUGCGUCAUACUUGGCUCGAGUAUUGCCGGCUUUUCCGCUGGCGACGGCGCGGUCAUUGCUGCUGGAGAUGACCUUAAGGUCAUGGAGGUAUCGGAAGGAAAGGUGGUGCGGUGGAGCGACAGGAGGAAGUGUCCUCCGUGGCACGUGAACUCUCUCGAGAAUAUUGUGCCGGAGAAUCUUCCCCGGCCACCAACUGGUCCCAGAUCCGAUGGAUUCGUAGCUCAUAAAAAUGCUCCCAAGGCUGGGGCGUUUUCAAUUCAGUACAGAAGUAGUUGCUUUUCGCUUUAGGCAUGUGUUAGUUUACGGUCCUAGCUAGCUGUUUCACUUCUUUCGUGUAAACGAAGCUUGUAUACUAUUGAAAACAAGGAAUAAGAGAUCGAUUUCAGUGGGACUCUUUAUAA